CAUCAAGAUGGAGUCAAUCAUACUUUUAAUGCCGGAUUAGCAGACUUCUAAAGCUGUGCUUAGGUUCUGAUUUUCCAGAUAUGAUAAAUAUAUCAUUGGUGAGCGAUAUCAAGUGCAUAUACGUUUUUACCGUCAAUAAUUCUCUACGUGUAUAUUUAUCUCGGCAAUCAGGGUAUAGUGUGCCAACUUUAAUAACCAAUAUACUUCUUCGGCAAUCCGUAAGCUUACACCGCCACACCUUCCAGUAUAAACUAUGCUUCCGAGAUGUGGAAUAAAAUCCGGGUUUAUCUUUGGCCAUAGAACCUUAGGGGUCGA